AUGACUCCCCCGAAGCCGAGCUUCCAUCCUGCAGUGGCUGCCGGAAACGGAAACUCAAGUGUUCCAGACAGAGACCAGCUUGCUCUAAUUGUGAGCGAUUGGCCAGGCUUGAAAGGUGGUGCUGUCGAGAGUCUCAAUCAGCGAUUAGAAAAGGUCGAGAAAGCAUUGUUCGGCUCGGGCCAUGACCAAGGUACACAAGAAUCCGGAGGCACAAAGCGUGAUCUCUCUGGCAGCAGGACAAGCAACCUCAACUCGACGCCCCUAAAGGUCACCGAACUUUUCAAGAGACGAAAGCAAGCCGAAGCUGAGGAUCAGCCUAAAUGCAGCAAUUGGGACUUUACUCAGCAACGAACUAGUCAAGAUUCAUUAUGUAGGAUCGAUAUUAUUCAGGACCAUUUGGAUAAGCUAAUCGAGGCACAUUUCGACAAUGUCCAGCCAUGGAUACCAAUGGUUAUCAUAAGAGGCUUCCAUGACCGACUUCAUCAAGAGACUGAGCAGCGUAUGACAAUUGUGCUUGAGGCAAUGAUGAUAGCGUCUUUGCGCUAUGUCGAGAUCAAUGGUAACCCACCGGAUAAGACUUUUAUCGAUAAAGAGACGUCGAGGCUACGAAACACUGUGAUAAUAAAUGCGAUGGAGGGCCUCAAGACAGAGAAUCUUCAAGCACUCAUUAUGGUUGCAUUCACCGAGAUUGGAAAUGGCAACUUGGAGAAGGCCUGGCCUGUCAUUGGGUCUUUGACAAGGACUGUUGAAUACAUGGGACUGUCUCUUGAAACUGAAGUGUAUCAACGCAAGAGAGGACUCUUAUCAGAUAGGUCAUCAUUAGCAGAGCCCCGAGAUUGGCUGGAAGAAGAGGAAAGAAGAAGGAUCUUCUGGAAUGUCUUCAUCCUUGAUAGAAUCUCAUCCAUCAUCAAAGGAUGGAGUCCAGGUAUCGAUUCAGUGGACAUUCGCCGAAGACUGCCUAUAUGCGGCGGGGGCUGGUUCCAUAACGAGCCAGCUGUUACACCCUAUUUUGGUAACUGGGAUGAGCCAGCAGCACAGAAUAUUCACGGGACGAGUCCUUACUCUGUUGGAAGUAAUGCUAUUGGUGUCAAUGGACCAGCGAGUACUGGCAACACUCGGGCUAGCGACAAGGCAACUGGAGAUAUAUCUAAGAUUGGCGCCUUGGCCUAUUACAUUCAGUCAAUCGAUUCACUUUGUCAGAUAUCGAAUAGCUUCCUACAACCUUCCGUGGACUUCACCAACAGACAUGGGGUUUCUCUCUGGUUGCCUAAGUUCAAGGAACUCGAUCUCCGUUUAGUACAGUAG